GGAACGUGGGGAACGGGGACCGGACGCCCGCAGGGAAGAUUUCUAAGUCAAGUUUUCAACAAUGCUAAAAUCAAAUGACUGCUCAUUUUCUUUGGAUAAUUUGUUUUUCAACAAACCAGAUGAAGUUGAAAACUACCCAGACAAUGAAAAGCCAUUGGAUUGGUUUCUCCCUCCUGCUCCACUGAUUUCAGAAAUUCCAGAUACUCAAGAGUUAGAGGAAGAUAUAGAAAGUCACAAAAUGUUAGGUCAGGAAAAAUGGCCAAAAAUAUUAACAUCAAAUUUGAAGAUAAGUAAUGAAGGGACAAAUUAUAUUUCACCAACUCAAAAAUUCCAGUGUCCCUUUCCCUCUGAUAAAUAUGAACAAGAUUAUUUAAAUUUAGGAGGGAUAGGUAACAAUGACUUCUCACACGUUGCUGACAAGCUGACAUAUGGUUCUCAGAAAUAUAAAAAUCAUAUUGGCAAUGAGAUAGCACCUGAGGAAAAUGUUCCUGAUGAUACAAAAUUAGUUACUUUUGAAGAAGAUAAAGGAGAGAGCCCAUCAGCAUUCCGGAAAAGAUUAUUUAAAAUAUCUGACAAUAUCCAUGGAAGUGCUUAUUUUAAUGACAGUGCAAACUUGGACUCUCACACUGGCUCAAUGAAAAAUGUACAAACAGAAAUGAACAAAGGGAAAUCAAGGAACUAUAACAAUAGUAAGGAGAAACCUCAGUAUUCUGCAAAUAUGUUUAUAGCAAAUGAUGCUUUUCCUGCUUCUAAAAUUGGAGAAGACAUAUUUAAAGCACCAUCUUUGCCAGUUGCUUCCCAGCCUCAUGAUAGUCAAGGGCUAAAAGAAAAUGGUUUAGGCUCUUUGAAGGCGGUCACAGAAAUUCCGACAAAAUUUAGAAGUAUUUUCAAAGAAUUCCCAUAUUUCAACUAUAUACAGUCCCAAGCCUUUGAUGAUCUUCUUUACACAGAUAGGAAUUUUGUGAUUUGUGCUCCAACUGGUUCUGGAAAAACUGUAGUGUUUGAAUUGGCUAUAACAAGAUUGUUAAUGGAAGUACCAUUGCCAUGGUUAAACAUUAAAAUUGUCUACAUGGCACCAAUAAAAGCCCUGUGUAGUCAGCGUUUUAAUGACUGGAAAGAAAAAUUUGGAUCAAUAGGAUUGAAUUGUAAAGAACUUACUGGAGAUACAAUAAUGGAUGACCUAUUUGAGAUUCAGCAUGCCCAUAUUAUUAUGACAACUCCAGAAAAAUGGGAUAGUAUGACUAGGAAAUGGAGAGACAACUCUUUGGUCCAGCUGGUUCGACUGUUUCUCAUUGAUGAGGUACAUGUUGUAAAAGAUGAAAAUCGUGGUCCAACUCUUGAAGUUGUAGUCAGCAGAAUGAAAACUGUACAGUCUGUAUUUCAGACUUCUAAAAAUACCAGUACUGUUAUUCCAAUGAGGUUUGUAGCGGGUUCUGCAACCAUUCCAAAUGCUGAGGAUAUUGCAGAAUGGCUUUCAGAUGGUGAAAGACCUGCUGUGUGUCUGAAAAUGGAUGAAAGCCAUAGACCUGUGAAACUUCGAAAAGUGGUUCUUGGAUUUCCCUGCUAUAAUAACCAAACUGAAUAUAAGUUUGAUUUAACCCUCAACUACAAAAUUGCCAGUGUUAUACAAACGUACUCUGAUCAGAAACCCACACUUGUGUUCUGUGCAACAAGGAAAGGUGUGCAACAGGCUGCUUCUGUUCUUGUGAAAGAUGCUAAAUUUAUUAUGACUAUGGAACAAAAACAGAGGUUACAGAACUAUGCAUAUUCCGUAAGGGAUUCCAAACUGAGAGAACUCUUAAUAGAUGGUAUUGCUUAUCAUCAUGCUGGCAUGGAGCUGUCAGAUAGAAAAAUAGUUGAAGGAGCUUUUACUGUUGGUGAUCUACCAGUUCUUUUUACUACCAGUACUUUAGCUAUGGGAGUAAAUUUGCCUGCUCACCUAGUAGUUAUAAAAUCUACAAUGCAUUAUUCUGGAGGAAUGUUUGAAGAGUACAGUGAAACAGAUAUUCUACAGAUGAUUGGUAGAGCUGGUCGACCUCAAUUUGACACUACUGCUACUGCGGUUAUUAUGACUCGGUUAAGUACAAGAGAGAAAUACAUUCAGAUAUUAGCUUGUAACGACACUGUAGAAAGCAGUUUGCACAGACAUCUCAUUGAGCAUUUAAAUGCAGAGAUAGUACUGCAUACCAUCACAGAUGUGAAUAUCGCUUUGGAAUGGAUACGCUCAACCCUGCUUUAUAUCAGAGCCUUGAAAAAUCCAUCUCAUUAUGGUUUUGCAUCUGAAUUGAACAAAGGUGGAAUCGAAUCAAAAUUACAAGAAUUAUGUUUGAAGAAUCUGAAUGAUUUAUCAUCCCUGGACUUAAUAAAGAUGGAUGAAGAUGUUAAUUUCAAACCAACUGAGGCAGGAAGAUUGAUGGCUUGGUAUUAUAUUACAUUUGAGACAGUGAAGAAAUUUUGUAAAAUCAGUGGAAAAGAAACCUUAUCGGAUCUGGUCACAAUGAUAGCCAACUGCAAGGAAUUUCUAGAUAUACAGUUAAGAAUAAACGAAAAGAAAACACUGAAUACUCUGAACAAAGAUCCAAAUCGGGUAACCAUCAGAUUUCCAAUGGGAGGAAGAAUUAAGACAAGAGAAAUGAAAGUAAAUUGUCUUAUUCAGGCUCAGCUAGGAUGCAUUCCCAUACAAGAUUUUGCUUUGACACAAGAUACUGCAAAAAUUUUCAGAAAUGGCUCACGGAUUACAAGAUGGUUGUCAGAGUUUGUGGCUGCCGAAGAAAAGAAUUUUGCUAUACUAUUGAAUAGUUUGAUUUUAGCUAAAUGUUUUAAGUGUAAACUUUGGGAAAACUCUCUGCAUGUAUCCAAACAGCUGGAAAAAAUUGGUAUAACAUUAUCAAAUGCAAUGGUAAAUGCUGGUUUGACGUCCUUUAAAAAAAUAGAAGAAACAGAUGCAAGGGAACUUGAACUGAUUUUAAAUAGACACCCCCCUUUCGGAACCCAGAUAAAAGAAACUGUGAUAUAUCUACCAAAAUAUGAACUUGAAGUGGAACAGAUUACAAGAUAUAGUGUUACCACGGCGGAAAUAUUAGUGACCAUUAUAUUAAGAAACUUUGAACAGCUACAAACUAAAAGAACAGCACCGGAUUCUCACUAUGUUACCUUAAUCAUAGGUGAUGCAGAUAAUCAAGUAGUUUAUUUUAAGCACAAAAUUAUGGAUUCUGUUUUAGUAAAAGCUGGAAAUUGGGCUAAAAAAAUUGAUGUGAAAAGAGCUCUUACAUCUGAAGAUAUUAGCAUAAAUCUAAUUAGUUCUGAAUUUGUUGGACUUGAUAUUCAGCAGAAAUUUACGGUCUUUUACUUGGGACCCAAGACGUUUGGGAAUCAAAUAAUUAUGCGGAGAAAAUCAGAAACUGAGAUUUCCCAUUCUAAACAUUCAGAUAGGUCUAUUGUAGCAGGACCCAAUAAAGGAAUGACUGCCUGCAAAAAAUCUGGGAACAGAGACUGCAAUCAUCAUUGCAAAAACAAACAUACAUGUGGACAUGACUGCUGUAAAACUGGAGUUGCACAAAAGUCAGAAAUGAAACAAUUAGCAAUUUCUUCUUAUUUAUCUGAUUUAAGAAACAGGAAUGCUGUUUCAUCUCUUCCUCCAGUUAAACGUCUGAAGAUACAGAUGAAUAAGUCUCAAAGUGUGGACCUGAAGAAGUUUGGUUUUACUCCAAAACCCUUCCUUCCCAGUAUGUCCAGGUCAGAAUAUUUAAGCAUUCCUGAGCAGUGGGAUCAGCAUGAACUAUGUGGAAAAGAAGUUCAACAAGAACCAUCUGAAUAUCAAGACAAAAAAGUUUUGAAUGUGAACUUUGAGUUGGGAAAUGAAGUUUGGGAUGAUUUUGAUGAUGAAAACUUAAUAGAAGUUUCUAGCUUUUCAACUGAUACCGAGGAGACAAAAACAUCAGGAUUUGGAAACACUUCAAGUACCAGUGGAAGUAAACUACCCCUCCAAGAGUCAAAGAGCAAAUUCCAAAGAGAAAUGUCAAACAGCUUUGUUUCAUCACUUGAGAAGCCAGAUAUUUAUUUACCAAGCUCUGCUAUGUCCGAGUUCAGUGCCUCCUCCAUGACAAAAUUACCUCAACAAGCUGGAAAUGCAAAUAUUGUCCAUGUGCAAGAAAAAAAACAGCAAAAUCUGUCACCAGAGAUUGAGAGGCUAUGCUUCACUCGCUCUAAAAAAGUAACAAAUUCUUCAAAGUGUAAAGAAGUGGAUUUUUUUAUUAGAAAUAGUGAGUGUAAAAAGGAAAUCGAUUUCAGUAGGGAUCAUCUUGAUGAUGAAGCUGAUGAAAUGAAGUAUUUUCUGGGAAUAUUUGAUGGCAUUUUCUAA